AUGACGACUUCCUCUAUUGUUCAACAUGUUUCAGAAUGUUUCAUCAAACCUCUACACCCUAUUCCAGAAUCAAACCGAAUCUGCCAUUUGACAACAUGGGAUAUUGCCAUGUCGUCCAUGAACUACAUCCAGAAAGGCCUCUUAUUCAAAAAGCCAUCACAGUCAAACAACACACAAGAGUUCAUCGAUAAUCUGUUGAAGAAGCUCAAACACUCCCUCUCUCUUUCUCUAUUCCAUUUCUAUCCUCUAUCUGGUCGUCUUGUUACACAAAAAUCUCAAGAUCCUCCAUCUUAUUCUAUCUUCGUUGAUUGCAGUAACAAUAACCCCGGAGCUAGGUUCAUCUAUGCAACUUUGGAUAUAACCAUAUCUGAUAUCCUCGCCCCAGUUGAUGUUCCACCGGUAGUUAAGUCAUUGUUUGAUCUCAACAAAGCAAUCAAUCACGACGGUCACACCUUACCUUUGUUAUCCAUCCAAGUCACUGAGCUAGUAAAUGGUGUUUUCAUAGGUUGUUCCAUGAAUCACUAUAUUGGCGAUGGAACUUCUUAUUGGAAUUUCUUAAAUACAUGGUCAGAAAUAUUUCAAGCUCAAGGCCAAGGAUAUGAUCAUGAUGUUCCCAUUUCACGCCAACCCUUUCACAAUCGUUGGUUCCCAGAAGGUUAUGGUCCACUGAUCAAUCUUCCAUUCAAACAUCACGACGAGUUUAUAAGCAGAUUUGAACCACCUAAGCUGAGAGAGAGAUUCUUCCACUUUACAUCAGAGUCUAUCGCAAAACUGAAAGCAAAGGCUAAUAGGGAGUGUAAUACAAACAAAAUCUCUUCGUUCCAAUCCUUAUCGGCACAUGUUUGGAGAAGUAUAACUCGUGCUCGCUGCCUAACAAAUGAUCGAAAAACAAGUUGUAUGGUGGCUGUAAACAACCGACCGAGAUUGAAACCGCCUCUUCCUGAAGAGUACUUUGGGACCUCAGUUGAUACUGUGACUGCAGAAGCGACUGCAGGAGAAUUACUUGAGAAUGAUUUGGGAUGGGUAGCAUGGAAGGUUCAUGUGGCUGUUACAAAGCAUGAUGACUUAGAGAUUCAAAAGAGUGUAGAAAAGUGGUUAGAGUCUCCUGUUAUACUCGAUCUUGAUGGCCACUUUGAUCCAUUAAGUAGUGUAGCAAUGAUAAGUUCACCAAGAUUCAAUAUGUAUGGGAAUGAAUUUGGAAUGGGGAAAGCAGUGGGUGUUUUGAGUGGUUAUGCAAACAAAUGUGAUGGGAAUGUGACAGCAUAUGAGGGACAUGAAGGAGGAGGGAGUAUGGAUUUGGAAAUAUGUCUUUCUCCAAAUGUUAUGACAGAGUUGGAAUUGGAUGAGAACUUUAUGAAUGCAGUUUCUGUGACCAAUAUCUGA